GGGGAUGCGGUCACAGCAUGGACAGCGCGAGGAAACACUGCUACGUGGAGGCGCUCCAGGCAGCGAAACGUGCAUCGGAGAAGAAGGGCGCAGGUUUGGAGCAGACUCUCCGGAUGGCGCAGCUCAGGUGGGACAGGAGGGAGCGGUCCCUGCUGGCUCAGGUGGCUGCGCUGCAGAGCGAGGCGAAGCUCUUCGCCCUGGCUUACCAGCAGAGGCUGCAGGGAUACUUGCUGCAUAUAAGCAGCAUCGCAGAAGAAAUUGGCAGAUAUUGUGAGAGGGAUUCCAGGACACUUUCUGACAUGCAGAGCCACGCAUCCAAUUCGACUUCAGCCAAGCUGCAGAAAGCUGUAGAGGGACUUAAGAGAUCUACAGAAUUGUAAAACUGCUGGACGAGAUGAAAUAGCCAUUCUUCGAGUGUCAUGCAGCUCAUUGUUAGAGCAG